AUGUCUUUACUCAAUAUAGAUCUUUCAAAUCUUCCAUCGGUUGAAGAGCCAUGGGGACCAUCUAAAACCACUCCUUCAUCAUUAAGAUUUAAUGGUGUUCCAUACGCCCCAUUCAUUAAAAGUGAUAAACUGGGAAAAAUUGCUGAUUGGCAAGUUUCCAAGGAAGAAGAACAAUUGAAGGGUAACGCUAACCAGAAGAAGAGAGACGUAUACCAUGCUUACGGUGCAUCUGCAGCUAAAAUGUUUGGUGCAGAGACUGAAGACAAAGGUUUUUCUUUGGUUGAAAACACUACUACUUCUACUACUCAAAAGCAAGCUGUCCUAAAGGGUGGUAGAAAGCAAAAUACUACUGGAACCAAGAAGAAGGAUGCUGCAUCUGUUUUAAAGAAGACAGUGGCUCCAUCUAUCAAGAAAUCUGCACCAGCUGCUUCAAAACCAGCCAAAUGGGGUAAUGGUAACAAUAACAAAUGGGGAUCCAAUAAGUGGAACGCUGAAGAAACCAAACAAAGUGACGGAUCUAUUGCUAUUGGUGAGAAAUGGGUAUCUGUUGCAGAAAUUGAAUUUAAUAAACUAACCAAAUUAAACUUAGAUACCCCAAAACCAAUUACUUUAUCUACCAAUGGUACAAUGUACCAAUAUCAAAAGAAGUACGAAACAAACACCGUGGCUCCAUUAGAGCCAACUAUUAAGGUCAUUACACACCAAACUUCUUCUCAAGAUCCAAACUUGAAGAACUUUGCCUCCGAGGGUGCAGCUAAAGUUUUCAUCACUGAUGAAAUUAUUGCUCAACUAAUGUGUGCACCAAAAUCCAAUGCCUCAUGGGAUGUAAUUGUUACCAAAAAAGAUGGUAAGAUCUUCUUUGACAAGAGAGAAGAUACUUUCUACGUUCCUAUAGAUGAAAAUGCACCGCUUGCUGAUCUCAAAGAAUUUGAUGUAAACCAUCCUGCAAACUUGAAGUUGGAAUUCGAAGAGAUAACCAACUCUUACGUUCAAGGCUCACUUGGUACAAACUCUAAAAAGUUUGAAGGUAAAUCUCCAAUUGCAUCAUCUGCGGCAAUCUCUAAAGCUUACAAGUAUGUUAAGUAUGAAUUGCCUAACGGUACUUCAUCUGAUGAUGACCAAGGCACCAUUCCUAUCAUUGUACGUACGUCUUUUGAUGCAUAUAACAUUCUUGCAUCAUCCACAUUGUCAGUCCGUGCCCUAUUGCAAUACAAAUCGAAUGACUGGAGAGCCAAAUUUCAUGGCUCGUCUCAGGGAAACAUUUUUAUUGACGAAGUCAAGAAGAAUAAUAACAUGAUUUCUCAAUGGACUACUCAAUCUGCUCUCGCUGGUGUCAAUUCACUAAAAAUUGGUUUCGUUACCAGAGAAAACACAAAAUCAUUCAAAUCACACAUUGUUGCUGGUACAAUGACCUUUGGUGUCGAUAUGUUGAUGCAGCAACUCAAAGUCAACCUAAACAACGGUUGGGGUAUCUUAAAAUCUUUUAUUGAUAUUAUUGAACAUGAAGGUGGAGAAGGCGAUUAUAGAUUGGUGAUUUUCAAGGUCCCAAACUCUCAAAAGAUCAACAUUUACAAGGUUCCUUUUGAAUCUUUCGAUUUCUAA